UGACCUGACGGAUUUUGCGUCUCUUUCUCAUCGUCGAUCAACGACGUCCACAGAAUCAUAGCAACUUCAGUGAGGCACCCAACAAUGGCUCAAUUCACGACAACCACUGUAGCCUAUCCACUGGCAAAAUAUUCGCGUUCAUAUCCUACGAACUCAUUAUCUUCUCAGAACCCUGCUACAGACGCAGAAUGGCAACAUUUCAUCCACCCCGUCAUCAACCUCUACUUGGACGCGAAGAAAUCUUCCGCAGGAAAUCUUGUAUCUGUCCGCCUUCGAAUUGUGUGGAAUUUUGACAGCAGCACUAAUAGCACGGACGUCGAUCAGAGAGAUAUCACCCUCGAGGAUCUUGAUUUACUCUCCUUCUCGUCGCUCUCAAACUCGAAGACGAAUUCUGGACAACCAGACCAUGGUCUUCCUCUAAAAGCUGUCUAUCGGGAUGCUGUCGUUGGUAUCCGGUAUCUGCACCCUAGAACAGCGGACUCGACCUGUCAACCAGUUUAUCGGCGUUUUCAGAUCACAUUCACUACUGCAACAAGCGCAGCUCAGUUCAUCGAUGCCGUCCGACCUGUUUGUCCUUGUAGAUUAAAUCCACAGCCGGCUUUGGUCACUCGCACUCCCACUAUAGCUACGACAGGCCUUCCCGACGACCUUUCCUGUCGCGGUACUAUAGUCCCGAAUGUCCCACAGACUCAGCCAUCAACGAGCGGAAUUCCCUUCAGACCCGCACCGACUGCUCUUCCUUCAGAAAAUCCAACAUCUGAGUCCAAUUUGUCAACUUUUGCGCCAUCGACGCCGGUUAGGUUUACACCUGUGGCUCUGAGCACCAGUUCCGCGAAACCCACUCCCGGGGUUGCGUCUUCUCAUGACAGUACUUUCGCUACACCUCCAGAAACCCCUCGGAUAACCGCCUCGAAGACUAUCCAAUGUCAAGCACCGUCUGGCUCCAUCAGCUCUACCAAGGGUUCUUUACCUGACUCAUCUCAACCAUCCUCGUCUACUCGCAGUAGUUUGAACACGAUGCCCCCUCCUCCGCUGCCUUCGAGCGUCACGCGAUCUCGCAAACCGGAAAAUCGACUGUCAGAAGUUCCUGAUUCAACUCGGGCCCAGCUUGUUGCAUCACUGCACGACAGUCCAGCCCUUUACAAUUUAUCCCAUGCGGAGCUAGAAUCCGUCGUAGCACGAGUCAUCAGAGAAGAAGGUUUUGCCCAACUGCUUGCAUCCUUGGACACCUUGUGGAGAGUGAAGGGUUUUCUUGGUCAGUGAUGUCUUGAAUGCGUGACAGCCACAACUCGAACGCUACAUUUCUUGCUAUCGUCUUGA